GAGAAACUGAAACUUGGCUUGCUGGGGGCGGAUUGGCCACUGGGGAUUUAAAGAGCUGCCACUUCCUUGGGCCCCCAGAGGGCACUGGGAGGUCACAGUGGCUGAGGGACACCCGGUGCAGGGUGUGAGUCUCUGUCUCCCUGCAGAAGCCAUGCACCUCUGUGGGGACAGUGGGCUGCUGACUGGGACGGACCCUGAGGAGCAUCAGAAGCAGCUGAAGAAGAAACAGAAGAACCGAGUGGCUGCCCAACGCAGCCGGCAGAAGCACACAGACAAGGCCGAUGCCCUGCACCAGCACGAGUCACUGGAGAAACAUAACCACGCCCUGCAAAAUGAGAUCCAGGCCCUGCGGGCUGAGCUGGUGUGGUGGACCCAGACCCUGCGCAUGCAUCAGCGCCUAUGCCUGAUGGGCUGUGCCUCCUGCCCGGCUCCUGAGACCCCUGGAUGCUGGGGCCAGGGCGAGUGGCCCCCGGGCCCCAGGCCCCAUGGACAGCAUGACUGCCAAGAGCAGCUAGGUCUAUUCCAGACCCCGGUCUCCUCUCCCUCAGCUCUGCAACUCUCUUCAGAUCUGCAGCCUCAUGGUUCCCCUGGCCUCCUCCUGUCCCCUCUCCCCUCACUGGCCCUUGGCCCCACAGCAGUCACCACAGCUCCGGCCCGACUGUCCCCUAGCCCUGUCCAGUCGGCCUCACCCACCAGCACCACCUUGCUGAGGCCUUCCUCCCAGCUCAGCGCUCUCCUGCCCAGCCCCCCGGCCCAGUCUGGCCCUCCACAACCUCUCGGGGUGGAGCACCCCGCUGGGGCAAAGAUGGGGUCCUCACCCCACAGUGCCUUGGCCGCUCUGGGCCUGGCCUGUCUGCAGGGCAGGGAGCGCAAGCCUGAACCCUCAGCAGCAGACGGGCCAGGCCUGGGUGUGGCCCGCCUCCCCCAGCCCUUCCUAGUCUUCCCCCUGCUCUCCUCUGCCCAAGUCCACUUCUAAACUGGCCUCUGGUGCUGGGCUGGUCCCCUCCUGGUUUUCAGGAAGCAGCGUCAGCACCCAAGCAGCACCUCCGGUGCCACUGGGGGCUUUUCUUGGUUUGUCAACUGGCUCAGCGUUUUGCCAGGGAAAGGAAGCCAUUGCUGCAUGCCUCCCACUCCGCCAGGCCCUGCCACCACUACCAUCUUAUUUCAACUUCAUGGUCAUCCUGCAAAACCCAGAUUAUCACUCCACCUUUUCAGAUAAGGAGACUGAGGCUCAGAGAAGCCAAGUGACUUGUCCAAGGUUACACAGUCUUUGGACACCACCAUCUGCUCUUCCUUCUGAUGGGACUCUGGCCCAGGCACCCGAGGGUCUGAAGUCCUAGAAACUGAGAGCUGGUGUAAGGAGGUUUGGGUGCUGGGAAUGGGGAGGGGCUCUCCCUUCUGAUUGGUCAUUCCCAGGGCCACAGGCCCUGUAGUCCCUGACACCUUGCCCUAGCUGGGCCUGGUCCAGUCCAAGCCUGGUGGAGGGAGAGGCCAGGCAGGGCCCAGAAGUGGACUCUUUCUUCUCCUAGAAGUGUUUUCAGUGCUAAGGAACGGAACCUGUAGACUGGAGUUGGGAAAAGCCUGGAACAGUCCCUCCUGGGAUUUCUACAGGAGGGGCACCUGUGGCCACACCAAGACCUCAGGGGCAGGCUCAGCUCUCAGCUCUCAGCUCUAUUCCCAAACAGCUCCCUGCCCACUCCCCCGCCCCAAGGCCAUGGCUGAUGCACGCCUGGAAGCCAUUUUUCAUGCCCACAAGGGAAGAAUGAGGGAAGGGCCAAGAGUAAGGUCACGUUUAGGCACGUGCUGGCAGCAGUGAGACCUGUAUUUCUCUGGUAACCCCCACCCUUCCUUGUGCGACCCCCAAGCCCCAUCACCCAUGGGCCCCUCUGAGCAGUGCCCCUCACUGUUCUUUGGCCCAGCGGCAGCUGGCAGAGCAGGCGCCCAGCACCGGCUGGGACUUAGCUGCAGUGUCUGCUCUGAGGCUGGGGGUGCCGGGUCUCACUCAGACUCAGGACAAGCUCUCCAAGGGGCACAAGGUGAAAAAUGCCAACUCUUCACCCAAAUUUUUAUACCAUGUAAGCAGACACUCUGCCAGUAGUUAACACCCUCCAGAAUGCUGAGCACAGGUCUUGGCACAUGUGUCAUUUUAAAUAAACUAAAGUGUUUUCCUAGCCUUUUUGCUUUGCCCAGUUGUUUAAAGCUCUGGUUGUAUACUGUUGAAACCAGAGGCCUUUGAAAGCACAGGGAAUAGUUUAGAGCCUCAGAGGUGGGCAAUCCCUCAUAGCCCUUCUCCUCUACUCCCUCCCAUAUUGCAGAUGAGGAAGCUGAGGCCCAGAGAUGGGAUGGACUUGCACAGGGUCACACAGCAAGAGUGGGUGUGAUGGUUGUGGGACUGUGGAUGAGAGCAGAGCCAGGGUCACCAGUAGGUUCAGGGGGAGCACGCUGGUGGGAAGGGAACCAAGAUGCUUUUAUUUGAAGGUUGCCUGGAAUCUGGGACAAGAGUUGAUGAAAUCCACCAUGGACUAGAUGGGAGGAUGAGGAUGCCAUUGUCUGGCUUGUGUCUGUGUACCCUAAAAUUUGUCAGGCACUGUGCUAUGUUUUACUUGGGUUAACUCAAUGAUGCCUCUGAUAACUGUGAAAUAGGCAUGGUUAUUAUCCCCACUGUUCAGAAAGAAAACUGAGGCCCAGGGAUGUUAGGUAACAAGCCAAGGUCACAUAGCCGUAAACAUAAAACAGAAGUGACUAAAUUAAUGCUGAAGGCCAUAGGGGAGAAGCUUUCUUUGCCUCUUCCAGCUUCUGAGCCAAGCUCAGAACAUAAAACGGGAGUGACUGAAUUAAUGCUGGUAUACUCAUAUGAUGGGCUACUAAAACAGCUAAGAAUAAAGAAUGCUUUGAAGGAUAUUUAAUGAAGUGAGAAAAUGCUUGCAACAUGUUAAACAGAAAAAAUAGAAUGUACAGCUGUUACUAUAGUUUGAUAUUAUGUUUAUUUAAAAAGAUAAACAAGAUGAAAAGAGUGGGAGGCGACAAAGAGUGGGAGGUGAUGUUGUAGAUUCUUGAGAAGGGAUGUGGGCUAAUAUCUGUGAAUCCCCAAAUUUGUAAACACAGCUACCACUAUCACAUGAGCCUUCCUCAAGGUUGAAUAUAUCCUAGAAAUCCA